UUCAUCAAUUACUAGCACCUUUCUUUUUAUGUUCAAAUAAAUUACAAACUUUAAUUAAAAAUAUAUUCAAGUUUCUCCUUUACCUAGGAGUGUUCAAUGUGGAGAACCCUUGGAGUACGCUCUGGGUUCUCAAACCCCUCGAGGAGCUGUCAUAAACACAAUUCCACCAUGCCAGCAGCAGCAGCACGGAGAAUGGAUGGAAGGCUCAUAGCUCAGGAAAUCAAGGAUGAUAUCGCAGAGACGAUAAGAACUGGCGGCGCCGAGGUGGGUUUCGCGAGGCCUGGAUUGGCGGUGCUUCAGGUGGGAGAUAGCCCUCAAUCGCAAGCUUACAUUCAUAACUUACGAACAGCGUGCACAGAAGUUGGAAUCAAAUCCUUCGCUUCGCAGCUGCCCGAAACAGCGACGCUCCAGGCGAUCAUACAGGCGCUUCGAACGUUCAAUGGAGACGAGAGCGUUCAUGGCAUCGUCGUCCAGCUCCCACUGCCAAAGGUAAGAAAUCACCCACGACUUGCCUCUUCAUCGUUACUUGCCUCACUGUUUCAGAAGAUCCGGCCGGAAACCGUGCUCCAAGAGAUAAGUCUCGAGAAAGAUGUGGAUGGCCUCCAUCCCCUCAACUUGGCUAAGCUGGCUCUCGAUGAUUUCCAGCCAAGUUUCGUGCCAUGCACCUCGCGAGCUUGCCUGGAGCUUCUUACUCGAUACAAGUUCCAAGUCGAGAGGAGGAAAGUGGUGGUCAUUGGUUGUAGCAACGUCGUCGGCCUUCCCACGGCGCUACUCCUCCAGAGACACAAUGCCACUGUCACAAUCGUGGAUAAGCACACGCCAAAACCAGCAGAGAUUGCUCGGACUGCUGAUAUCCUGGUUGCUGCCACAGGAAACGCAAAUCUUGUGAGAAGAAACUGGAUCAAACCCGGAGCUGUCGUUAUAGACAUAGGAAUGAACCAAGUAAAGGAUCCUAGCUCGGAAGAAGGAUUCCGAUUCGUAGGAGACGUUUGUUACGAGGAGGCUGAGAAAGUAGCGACCGCGAUCACGCCGGUUCCUGGCGGAGUCGGCCCGAUCACCAUUGCAAUGGUGCUCUCAAACACACUCCUUGCAGCGCAGCGUAGAGACCAUGCAAAGAGAAAACCUCUAUAAAACAUCAAAAGUAUC